AUGUCUAGCAAGAAGCCAAAAAAACCAUUAUACGAACAAUCGACUCAAUUCCGUCACUGGCGCUUUUCGAGCUCGCAGUUAGAGAAUAUACGUACGCAGACCAAUACUUCAACAGUUGAACGAGUCAAGCGGCUACUCACAGAGGAAUUGACUCUACGUGAGACAGAACAAACGGACUCGCCUCGACCACCGCCUGAAGAAAUUCCAUACCUAACUGCUGAUGAAGAACUAGCAUUAUGUCGUUACUAUGAAGCAAUGAUUAGAAACUUCCCAGGAGCCAAUUUCCCCGAUGAAGUCAAAGCAACCGCCAUAGUGUACAUGAAAAGAUUUUACUUGCGAAAUUCUAUAAUGGAUUAUCAUCCUAAAACCAUCAUGAUGACAUGUCUUUUCCUUGGCGCCAAGACGGAAAAUAAUAUUAUCGCAAUUAGCGAUUUUCUCAACAUCAUUGAACGGAUAUCACGAGAGAAAAUAUCCCGUGAUACGAUAUUUCGACAUGAGUUGCCAGUCUCGCAAAGUAUGAGGUUUGAGUAUGCCGUGCAUCACCCUUAUCGUGCAAGCUUUGGUUUCUUCUUAGAUUUACAGAAUUUUACAAAAGAUCUGACAAAACUUAAACGAAUCUAUGAGAAAUCGAAAGAAUACAUCGGAACAUCGUUGCUAACCGAUUUGGUUUUUACUUAUCAACCAUCGCAAAUCGCCUUGGCAACAAUACGGAUGGCGACAAAAACUCUGGAGGCUAAGCUCGACAUUAACGGGUACAUUCGAAGCAAAUUUCCCGACAAACACGAAAAGUUUACUGAUAUACUCAAUGAUAUCGAGAACACUCUGACCAAUUUUUCUCCCGUAUCAAAGGAUCAAGCUAAAGAAAUCGAUCGAAAAUUACAUUUCUGUCGCAAUCCAGAGAAGAAUCCUAAUAGUGCAUUAUCCAAAAAACGGCGUGCUGACAAAGAGCGAGAACGCGAAGUCAGGAAAACAAAGAAAUCGAAGACAUUGAGGGAUCGACAAAAAGAAUUGGAGAGCGUAUUUCAAUAG